CUGAUUCAGUACGAAUGGUCACAUCGUGCUAAACGGCGAGAAAUUGUGAAGCAUGUUCAGUCGGCUCUUGAGAGUUCAUCUGAUCAAGAAUUCGAUGAUGAAGAGCUCGAGAAAUUAUUGGAUGUACAGUGGGAUGAAAUGUUUGAUACGGUGUGUGACCCACCAAUACAGCACCAAAAAUGUCUACAAGCCGUCUGGGAAUUAUUUCAUACUGAACUCAUUUUCUUACAUAAACAACUCCUUGUUCUCAGGAAUGUCUAUAAAGAACCUCUGAAAAGGUGUCAAGUUGAGGGAUGCCUUCUGACAGUUGAGCCUGAUUUACUGUUCGGCAAUUUGGAUCAGCUUUGUCGAAUUAGUCGUGGAUUUUGUAAGUCAUUUUUAACGAUAAUGAAUGAUAUAAGUAAACGGCAAGAGGAACUAGAAGUGCAGCAGCCUGAACGACAAUGUUUGUGUAAAGCAGAAAAUGUUGAUAGUGAUCAACUUGAUGAACACAGAGGGAGCACUGUGGCAGAUCCUUUCUUUGAUACGACUGAAUUAAUUGUGAGACUAUUCGAAAAGUUCUCGAAAGGUCCAUCAACAAUCUCCGCCUAUCAAGCCUACUGUAUAAACUAUAAAGCAACGAUGGAAUACCUUGGCUCGAUAAGACAAAAAGAGGAGCGUUUCAAUGAAUUCGAAAGGGUUACUUGUCUACUCAUUGGCAGUCUUCAAUCAAUUUAA